CUGUGACUGUCACAGCGGCCACAGAUUCCCUAAAGCCGUAUGUGGACGGUGGUGCAGGUCACGGACCUCGGGCACAGAGCGCCUCUGUUGAGAAUUAUUUGCUUUGCCUGGGUUUUUGGCUCCAGCUUCCCCGCGGGCCCCCUCCUCGGCCGCCUCCUCCUCCUCCUCCUCCUCUCUCACUCUUGCUCCCUGGCCGGUCCAUAUGGUCGAAAUCUCAGGCUAUAAUCUCACGGACGCUUUGUAUAUAUCACUCCUAUUUUUGUGGGCUUGUGACUCAUGAAGAAGUGAGAGAGCGAGGGCCUUUUAGUUGGUCGGAGUAGGAGACAAGAUGAAGGGAAUGCAGCGUAAUCCCAUCUCUUCUUGUCAUUGCAGUGGAGUGGCUAGAUCGGACAGCAAGAUCAGCGCCAAAGCCCUCUUUGAGCAAAGGAAAAAAUAUUCCAACUCCAAUUAUAUUAUGCAGGAGACGUCACAGUAUCAUGUUGAGCAUCUGUCCACCUUCAUCAUGGACAAGACUGAGUCCAUCGCCACUGUGGACGACGCCAUCAAAAAACUUGCCCUUCUCGACUCAAAAGACAAGAUUUGGACUCAGGAAAUGCUCCUGCAAGUCACUGAUAAGGCAGUCAGGCUGCUGGACUGUGACACCCAGGAGGAGCUGGAGAACUUCCCCCUACCCACAGUCCAUUUGUCUCAGGCCGUGCUAAAUCAGACGCGUUACCCGUCCGUGCUGCUGCUCGUGUGUCAGGACAAUGAGCAGCACCGGCCGGACAUCCACUUCUUCCACUGCGACGAGGUGGAGGCUGAAUUGGUUCAUGCAGAUAUAGACAGUGCCCUCGGAGAUAACAAAUAUGGAAAGAAAUCGAGGCUUCAGACACUCAAAAUUAACCAGGAGAAAAUGAAGCACCGAAGAGAGACCAUCCUUCCCCAGUCGCCCCCCAAGGCCACCCCUGUUCCAAAAGGACGUGUUGCUGCCCCAAUCCCGCAAGACAGGCGAUCGUCUGGACACAGUGACCCAGAGUCACAUGAAAAGUUUGCCCAUCGCAUUGAGAUGGAUGUGGUGAGUCUCAACUGUGCCCUGGACGAUAUUGAGAUAUUUGUGGCGCGGGUGCAAAAGGCAGCCGAGGCCUUUUCCCAACUCAACCAGCGCAACAAGAGUAAGAAGAAUAAGAAGAAAAGACCAGCAGAGGGCAUGCUGACCCUACGAGCCAAGCCCCCCUCUGAGGAAGAGUUCAUUGAUAGCCUGCAGAAACUAAAGCUUGCCUUCAACCUUUUGGCCAAUCUGAAGAAGCACAUCCAAAAGCCAAGCGCGUCAGAGUUGGUUCAUUUCCUCUUUGGCCCUUUGGAGUUGGUGCUGCAGAGUUGUGGCAGUCCUGAGCUGGUCCGUUCUAUUGUCUCCCCCCACCUCUCCAAAGACGCUGUGGACUUCCUGCGGGGGCACCUCACCCCGAAAGAGACCAGCAUAUUUGAUCUUCUUGGAGAGGCUUGGACCAAACCCAGAGCGGAGUGGCCGAGGGAUCAGUGUGGUCCUCCUUAUUAUCCCAAAUUCCGGAAUGGCUGGGAGCCUCCAGCGGAGUUCUUCAGGACGGCCCCAUGGGAAACAGAGGGUCACGGUGGGCCUCUGGGUUCCCCCAUUUCUUUUGGUUCCCCCAUUAGCCCCGAUUACAGGAAACACUCAGCUGAUGAUUUCUAUGGAACCCUUUCCUCCAACUCAUCCAAUGGGUCCUACAACGGGAUGCCCCCCGCACGCAAAUAUGCCAAAAUCCGCUACCACUUUGUAGCGCGGAAUGCCAACGAGCUGUCAGUGCUGACGGAUGAAAUUCUUGAGGUGAUCGAGGACGACAAGCAGUGGUGGAAACUGAGGAAUCGUAGCGGCCAAGCCGGUUACGUCCCUUACAACAUCCUGGAUGUUGUCAAGAUAGAUGACCCUGAUGCUUUUUACAGCCAGCAAGGCUAUGGUGCGUCCUCUCCAGGCUCCCAAAGCCUAGGAGACAGUUUCAGCAAAGGUCGACACAAAGACAAAAAGAUGGAUGAAGUCAACAAUGAGCUACUGAUGAUGAUGACUGCUAACAAAAGCCAGCCGCCCGCAAGAAAGUUCCGUGUUGAGCGACCGGCUGCCACCCAAGUGCCACUCAUGUACAACUCCAACCCGGAGCAAGUCAAGUCAUGGCUUACUGCCAAGGGCUUCUCCAAGGCGACGGUAGAUUGUUUGGGCAUCCUGACUGGAGCGCAGUUGUUUUCUCUCAACAAACAAGAGCUGAAGGCCGUGUGUGGAGACGAAGGCGCUCGCGUGUCAUCGCAGAUUACUGUGCAGAAGACACAAAUAGAGAAAUCGUAUGGAGACAGCGAGCUUCAGGAGGUCAUGAAGCGCAGACAGGAGCGAAUCGACUCGGGGAGCACAGACUGAAGCGGCGCGCCUCCACCCCUCCUAAUUUCCCAAUUCAUGCUGACCUGCAGGACCGUGAAAAGACCCGAUUCAUGCAUUGUACACAAUUUUACUGUAUAUUUAUUUUCUUCCUUUUUAUAUGUGCGCAAACUAAUUUGCAUUUCUGAUGUCUCAAGCUUUGUGUGGCUCAGCAAAUAUGAAGAGAGGACGUAUAAUUUCUUGUGCGAGUGACACGUACACAGUACACGCUUGUCAAGUCAAUGUGGCGCAUGCUGAUGCUUAACGGCAGUGUCGAGGUUUCAUCACUUCAGUCAAAACAAAAAUUUGUUGCGUAAUUUGUGCCUGUAAACGUAUGUUCAUAUUCUACAUUUCGCUCACCAUAAUUCUGCAUGAGUCUGUAAAUUAUGGUCAAAUGUUCUAAUUUUUUGGGGGUGUUGCUUUUCUGCACAGGUGUUAUUUUCAUCUAUUCUGCUUCAAUAAGUAAAUGAAGAUCGACACACAAUCAAAAGGACUGUAAAUAGGAUGGAAAACAAGUGCAUGAGAAGCCGAUUAAAAGUUAAUAAAUUGUUUGAUGUA